CUCCCCCUCGGCCUCCUCACCGCCGCCGUCGGCCACCCCAUGCUCGUCGAGCUCAAGAGCGGCGAAACCCUCAACGGCCUGCUGGUCAACUGCGACACGUGGAUGAAUCUCACACUCAAGGAAGUUGUGCAGACGAGUGCAGACGGCGACAAGUUCUGGCGGUUGGCGGAGAUAUACGUCCGCGGUAGCACGAUAAAAUACCUGCGGGUGCCGGACGAGAUUGUUGAUGUGGUCAAGGAGCAGCAGGCGAAGGAGCAGGCGUCGAGGGGCGGACGGGGUGGUAUGCACUCGAGGGGAGAUGGGCAUCGUGGAGACCGGGGAGGAAGGGGCAUGCGUGGGCGUGGACGGGGUCGUGGGAGGGGUGGAGGUGGAGGUGGUGGCAACAAUGCUUGA